GUACCAUGUCUCAUCGUAGAGGAUUGUUGGGGUUUGGUAGUCGGUCUUCUGGGCCUGAGGCACAGUCCUCCUCAGGCUCUGGGCCGUAUAUUUCCGCUACUCCAGAGUCUGGUUCCUCUCCACAGAGCGCUGCUGCAUCUGGGUCUAGAAGGCCCAAAGGCAAAUCAGUGGCGCAGAUUAGGGCUGAGUGUGUUAGGCGCGACGGGAGGAUCCUCUUUCAGAGGAAUACUGUUGGUAAGUUGAUCGAGCCCCCGGGGAUCUCCACCUGCUGCACGAACUCGUUUAAGAGGAUUCCGAACCCAGGCGGGUACACGUGGAAGUUAACUCCGCCAACGGUGCAGGAGUUGUAUUUUGAGGAAUUCAAGAAAGAGUUUACUUGGAACCCUGAGGAUGAGGCUGAUGUGAAAAAAAUGUGGUUAGAAAAGGCCCGCAAAAGGUACAGUGACAACAUGAGCGAGUAUAAGAGACUGCUCAAGCAGAAGACCGAGGCAGGGGAGAUGAUGGAGACACCGCUGGGCAUGUCCGACACCUUUUGGACGGGACUCAAGGCAUACUGGGAUCAAGAUGAGGUUAAGGCCGUUUCUAGGCGCGCACGUGAGAACCGAUACUCUGAGCCAGAUGGAGUUGGUACAGGGAUCAGUCGGCACGUUGGAGGGUCUCAGUCGAGUCGUAUUCUGCAGCAGAGUCUGCUCGUGGAUGGUGAAGUCCCCCCAACUGCAUCUAACUACAGCACUUUCCUCCGCCUACACAUGUACGCAGAUGGAACUUUUGUGUCAGAAAAGGAUGCCAACCUUGAUGCGGAGAUUCAUCGUGUUGCUGCUGAGACAGGACGAGAGGACCGACUCGAUGAGGUCUACUUGGAGCUCGUACGUCCCGGUAGGUCACGACUGUACGGCACUGGAAGUGCUGGUGUGAGCCAGUUCAGUAGGGGGUCUACCAACAGUACAUGCUCUUCCCAGAUGUCUCAGCGGAUGUAUGAGACUCGGAUCUCCACACUGGAGGAGCGUCUCCAAAAGGCUGAGGAGGAUAGGGCGGCCCAAGAAGCAGCACGUGAGGCCCUUGAGCAGCGGAUGAGUCAGUUCGAGGAGAUACUGAGGCGGUCGGGUCAGCUACCUUGAGCAUCACUUCUAUGUAUCUAUAUCAUGUUGAACUUUUUUUUUAUGUUAUGUUUCUGAACAAACACAAUUACACUUGAACUUUGUUUAACAUUUGUGUUUUGUUGAACAAUUUAAUUGUUUUAUGUUUUCAAA